AUGUCUAUCAUUCACCCAAUAUCAUCAUUAUUACUAUCAGGGAGCGGAGCACAGAACUGUGAUCAAGUGCUGGAUAUCUAUUCCCCAUUCCAAUUCGGUUAUGCAGGCAACACAUCAGCAAUUGCGAUAUGGAGAUCUAAGACGAACAAUCCAAAUAGCAGUACCAGGAAUACACCCGGAUAUAUUUUCACACCUGAUGAAAGUAUCCUUGAUAAAGAAUUCACAUCUAUCUUAAGUCUCAAUAUCCAACAGGGCAACUUCGACCAAGAUCGAUAUUGUUUACCCAAAAUGCGAUACAACGAGUUGAUGAUUUAUUAUCAAAUCAAAAUCAAUAUUUUGUUUCCUUUGAUUCUAGCUACAGAAUUCGAAAGAUUGAUUAGGGGAUAUCCAGGAACUGAAAAUAAAGUUGUGAUUUCAUCGACGCCUAAGGAAAUGAAACCAAUAGACUAUGGUAUGAUACUGGCUGUUCUUGUAUUGGCUCAGAUCAAUUCGCAACAGGACAAAAUCUUCAAUUCGGAAACAACAAACACUGAAGGAUCGAAACCUUUCGAGGCUACACACCAAAUUAGUAAAUUCUGCUCUAUUCCACAGUUUACAUUAACAAAAAUGAAUAUCUUGUUCGCUUUAUAUUGGAAUAAGGCUAGCGAUAUUUCAUUUGGAAGGGAAUUCAUGUGGAAGGCCGGUUACAUUAUUGAGAUGCUUCAUUACGACCCAUUCUACCACGACCCGAAUUACUGCAAAUAG